CUUUCGGCAACCUCGGAGCCUUUCCCUUUGCUGACUGACCCAGUGGGCUCUUCUCAGUUGAGCGAUGAACAAUUUACCCAUCUCACAACCUUGGGCUCUAUGCACAGUGCCUCACAGAUCAAUGUCGUUCCUAGGAGCAGUCCUUUCGUGUCCCAAGUCGACGAGCACCAGGGUCAGAGGCCUGCAAAGGCUGUUAGAGUGGCCAGGCCUAGUCUUCGUCACCUAUUGCACGAAGAGACAGAGCUAUGCUCCCAUUUUUUCAAGGUGGUGAUUCCAUUAUUCUGCGUCUGGGACAACGUCAUCAAUCCUAUGCGGACCAUGAUUGAUUACCUUUGGCAGCAUUCAGCGCCUUUACAGCAUGUCAUUCAAAGUAUGAGUGCUGCUUGUUUAUCCAAGUCGCUCCCUCGAAUGAAGACAAUCGCUUCUUUGGAACAUAAGAAGGCAUGGGCUUGUCUGCAAGACUGCUCCAAUCAAAGCUUAGCCCAGGACGACCGGCUCAUUUCUGCCUGGCUCAUUGCUCACACAUAUUCAUGGCUACAUCCACAAAAUCUCGGCCUCGAUAUUUUCGAUCGUAUUAAAUCUAUCGUGUUCAAUACCGACUUACGCGAGCGCAACUUCCAAACAUCCUUCGGAUUCUUUCAGAAUGCUAUGAUCUAUUCCGACAUGCUCCUCGCAUUCAUGCGAGGAAGGCCGGUCACACCCGCGCCCCAAGUUGGGUUUGACUCUUCUAAUCCAGACACGACGGAGCCAUCUCACCCAUGGCUCGGCAUCUCAUCCGAGACUGCUCAGCUAGUCACAGAGGUGGGGUAUCUGAUUUACGAACAAUGGAGGAGGCAAUAUUUGAUCGAUGGUUUCCUAGGGGAUGCAGAGAUGGAAGGCUUCCGAGUCUGCCUGAAACAAGCUAGAUGCAUUGAAAGACAACUUCUGAAUUACACGCCCGGUCAGGCGAUUGUCUCUGUCACCAGUGAAUCCAACACAAAUCCGAUGGAUUUGCAGAAAACGGAUGAAGCGUACCGUUACACAGGACUAUUGCAACUCUACCGCGUGUUCCCAGACCUGCUCUUGGAGCGCUACACACCAUGGGAUAAAGCGAAUUUUCUUUCAGUCGGGCCCCCAACUUCGCGGCCCACCAGGCAAGAACAGAAUGAGUGGCUAGCCAGCCUCGCACUUUACAUUCUCGAAAUUAUCAGUACAAUACCCGUCGAGUCUGGCACGCGUUGUCUGCAUCCUUUCGUGUUUGUCGCCGUAUCGGGUGAACUUCGGUUUGAUUCAUCUAGCAUCGCAGAAGAAACUUACAUGGACACAAAUCAAUAUAAGGCAUUUUCGACGAGCGGUACCAAGUCGGCCAUUGACAUCGCCCAGGCGCGACAAUUCAUCCGCGCUAAAAUGUCGCUCUAUUCUGAGAUAUUGCCGGUACCCAAAAUAGGCCAUAUUUUCCAGCUGAUUCUCAAAAUCUGGAGCGCCAUGGAUGAGAAACCCGGGUUCGUUUUCUGGCUGGAUGUUGUUCACCGUGAGAACUUGCACACCCUUUUAGGCUAA